AUGCCAAGAGUCUUUUUCUGUCCCACCUUCUUCCAUCUCUCAAUCCUCCUCCUUCACCCCUCCCCUCCCUUGUCUGUCCUCCAGGGCUCGCACACAGUAGGCACAACUGAUGCCGUUCUGAGUGGCUGUCUUGCUUCAGCAAGGCACUCUCAUCUCAGUCACAGCUGUCAGAGCGCCAGGCCGCCCAGCGUCUGUCACAUCUGCGCGCGCUCAUCAGCCACGCCUCUGCCCUGCGUGGACCUGCGCCCAGAGAUCAAGAGCCUGCGCCGCGCUGUGGCCCGCCUGGCAUCGCGCCUCAAGGCUGAUACCGCUGCAACUACUCCUCCUGCCACUCAAUCGCCUCCUCCCACCACACCACCCACUGCAUCGCUGCUCACCGCACCCUCUCCCGCACGCACAGCGACGCCCCUGGCUGUAGCAAAAACUGUAGCGCCGUCAGGCAAAGCAGCUGCGACAGCACGUUUGGGAAUCGGCACCGCAGGUGCUGCCUCGGAACUGAAGGCGUCCGGGCUGAAAGGCUCUCGCAGUGCCAAGCGGAAGCUGGCAGCAGGCGGGGAAGGCAAGGCAGUGCGUGUGGCUGGCGCUGGUGCCACGGCCGCAGCCACCAAGGGCAAGAGGAGCCCUCGCGCCCUGCACGCAGCGGCCCUGCAAGGAGGCAGCUGCAUGGCCGUGCCUGCUUGUGCUACAACCUGCCCCCGUGGCCCGACUGUAACAUACGAGCCUGCCCCCGCCUCCUGCAUCGCCUCACCGCUUCUGCCUGCCUGCUCCUCCCUUCCUCAACCCACCGAUCCAUCCCACAUGGCCUCUCGCCUUCUCUCCCCUUCACUCCCUGCCCCCCCGGCCACCUCCCCUGCUGCUGCUCCUCUGCCUGCACCGCUGGCAUCGCCAGCUGCCUGCCCGCCUACCCCAGGGGGUGAGGCAGGGGCAGGCGUGAGAGUGAGUGGGAAGAGGAGCAGGUCCGUGAGGAAGAGGAGGAGAGAGGGAGGGGAGGGGAGUGGUGGGGGAGGCGGUGAGGUGAGGGCGGGAGACAGCAGCGAUGGCGAUGGCGAUGGGGAUGGGUGUGCUGGCAGUGCGGGAAGUGCUGGUGGGGUGCAGCGCAGCAAGGCAGCAGCAGAAGAACAAGCUGCUGUGCUGCUAUCAGCUAAGUUAGCCGCCGUCGCUGCAGCAGCAGCAAGCACAGCAGGAAGCAAUGGAGUAACCGCAACAGGAUCCACACGAACAACCACAGCAAGCAUACGAGCAACAGCAAGAGCGCCUCAAGAUGAUACACUCGCGAGCCGUGGAGACACAUCACAGCCCGCUCUCUCCUUCCCGGUCCUCAAGAAGCGGCGCAGCGACCGACCCAAGGCAGGUGCUGUCAGCACGGCCGAGCCACCUUGA